AUGAAUAGGUGUAAGGUAGAUAUUGUGUGCCUCCAGGAAACUAGGUGGAUAGGGGGAAACAUUGGAGAAGAAUAUGGAUACAAGCUUUGGUAUUUUGGAGCGCCUUCGGGGAGAAACGGAGUGGGUAUCAUCAUGACAGAACGACUCAAAGACUAUGUAGUGCACGUGGAGAGACACGGGGAUAGGUUGAUGUUGGUGAGAUUGGUGAUACAAGAGGAGACGAUAAAUGUGAUCAGCGCGUAUGCCCCCCAAUCGGGCCGGGGGGCGGUAGAGAAGACGACUUUCUGGGACUCAUUGAAUGAGUUGGUUAGGAGUUGCCCUGAUGACCAACGACUAGUUUUAGGAGGAGACUUAAACGGGCAUAUAGGAGUAGAGGCAGCCAGCUACUCGGGUGUACACGAGGGAUUAGGGUUUGGAAAGAGAAAUGACGAUGGACGCAUGAUAUUGGAGUUCGCUACUGCACAUGACCUGGCCAUCGCAAACUCUUUCUUCCGAAAGAGGCGUUCUCAGUUGAUUACCUUCCAGAGUGCCCGACUUGAAACUCAGAUCGACUACUUUCUGGUGCGUAAAGGGGACUUUAGAGCAUGCAAAGAUUGCAAGGUCCUCCAUAGAGAGGGUUGCAUAUCCCAACAUAGACUGUUGGUCUUAGAUUUGCUCGUGAGUAUACAAGUAAUCAAGCUUGUGAAGGCUGUAAAGCCAAGAAUCCUCUGGAAAAACUUAAUGGGUGAAGCAGCGGAGACGUUUAGGUCGACGACCAGCACGAGGUUCGCAAGGGAAACUCAAGACGUUUCGCAUAUGGUAGUUGUAACAUCCCGAACUUUUAAUUAA